AUUGAUAUCGAAGUUCUUCGAAGAUCGGUACGAUUCAAUAUUUCUGGAGCCAGACGGAACUCUGUUACCCGGUUUGAAGUUGCCAAGGCAUUGAUGGACUCAGGAUUGGACGGAGCUGAAAUACAGUCUAUAUUUAGGUGUGAGGCCCCGAACGUGUGGUUUGCAACGGUGACGUCACCGGAAGUGGUGGAUUCUAUUCAACAUUUUUUCAUGCACCCUGAAAGAUGUGAUAGACGGAGGUUGACAGUCAGGGUACUUUGGCUUCCGACUUGGAUAUCGUAUGAUUCCAUUGCCAUUCAUUUUGACUAUUUCGGAUCAGUGAUAAACAUUAGCCGGGAAACGACGUCUGUGGGAGGUAUGGCCUUGGAAACAGGAACGAGGGUAUUGACAUUGAUAAUAAGGGAGGGUGACCAGGACAUAAUUCCUCACAGGGCGGUUUUAUUUGGGAAGUCGGCCCUUAUUGUGGUUCCUGGUCGUCCCCCGAUUUGUUUGCGGUGUCAGCAAGUAGGCCACGUCAGGUCCCAGUGUCCCGGGAGGUCGGAGACAGCGGCUCGGGCUACCUAUGCCAAGGUAACCCAACCGUCGGAGGAGGCUGCGAGCCCCUCUUCGGAGGAGGCCGCGAGCCCCUCGACCGGAGGGAGCGGUAGGGACCCCGCGAUUCCCUCGCCCGGAGGGAGCGGCAACGAGAAUCUCACUCGUGCUACAAAGCGUUCGGUUCCCUUGGUGGACGAUGAGGGGUUUCGAGUGUCAAAGAAGGGGAAGCACUACGGUGCCUCCCCCAUUAUUCUAUCAGAUGGAGACAUAGCCCCUGGACAGAGGACCCCCGUGGACUCCCAGGAGGAUGAUGUAAUGUAUGACUCGUCUGAGGACCGGUUAGUAAUUGACGAGGAGGCCCCCU